AUGACCCUUUCCAAGGAUUACGAAGGAGUGCAGCAAGUCCCCAUCUCUUCGGAGGAAGAUGAAAUAGACAUCGUCGGAGGGGACCACAGUGAUAGUGACAGAGAGUAUUUCAUGCCUUGCAGUGACACAGCGGAGGUGGUCUCAUCGGACAUGGACCAUUCGGAGUCCGAGUCUUCUGGAGAGAGCGAGAGCAGCUUUUGCGCGGAGGCCUCCACAGCAUCUGGUCCAAAGCAAAACUCUGCGGUCAAACCCCCGUAUUCCUACAUCGCUCUCAUAACCAUGGCCAUCCUGCAAAGCCCCACGAAGAAACUGACCCUGAGCGGCAUCUGCGACUUCAUCAGCAACAAGUUUCCGUACUACAAGGAGAAGUUCCCCGCUUGGCAGAACUCCAUCAGACACAACUUGUCACUGAACGACUGUUUCAUCAAGAUCCCGAGACAGCCCGGUAACCCGGGGAAAGGGAACUAUUGGUCCCUGGACCCCGCAUCCGAGGACAUGUUUGACAAUGGCAGUUUUCUGCGCAGGAGAAAAAGAUUCAAAAGGAACCAGCCGGAGUUCACCAAAGAUGGCCUGGUGCUUUACCACCCAACGUUAAGUUAUGGACCAUAUGGGAGACCUUAUUGCGUUCCUGGGCCGGUGCCAGCGCAGGCUAAUCCUGUUGGAUAUUUGCCAAUGCCGGAUGGCAUAAUGGUGCCGCCUCCAUAUUUUCAGUAUCAGACUCUCAAUAUCAAGGUCCACCAACCUGAAGACAUUCCGCAAAGGUCCCAGCCUAAGACCCAGAGAUGUUCUUUCAGCAUCGACAGUAUCAUGUCCAAAUCAACAGUCUCUCCAAACAAAAACUCUCCCCAUCAACUCACCACAACUGACUACAAUUAUGUAUUUCCAAAGCCAAACUCUUGUGUUGCUCCAAGUUUGUUACCAGUGCCGUGGACUGCAUUGCUAAAUACGGUUCCUUUGGCUGACACACUACGAAUGGUGUAUCCUCAUUGUUGA